AUGAGAGAAGUAAUUGCAAUUCACGUAGGCCAAGCAGGUGUACAAGUAGGAAGUUCAGUAUGGGAGCUUUUUUGUAUAGAGCACGGAAUUAACCCUGAUGGAACCGUGAAGCCAGAAGCCUCCAGUGGAAGGGAGGAGGAUUCCGCGGCUUUCCACACCUUUUUCUCAGAAUCCUCUUCAGGAAGACAGGUCCCUAGAUGCGUUUUCGUCGACCUGGAGCCAUCAGUCAUUGACACCGUAAAAAGAGGAACCUACGGGUCACUCUUUCACCCAGAGCAGCUGAUUUCAGGAAAGGAGGAUGCAGCGAACAACUUUGCACGCGGACACUACACGGUCGGACGCGAUAUCUUCUCUCCAGUUAUGGACAGAAUCCGCAAGCUGACAGACGCUUGCGAUAGUGUGCAAGGAUUCCUGUUCUUCUCAUCAAUUGGAGGAGGCACAGGAUCGGGAACAGGAAGUCUGCUCCUCGAGAACAUUGGCGCAGAGUUCGAGAGAAAGACGAAGCUGUCGUUUUGCAUAUGGCCCUCACCUCACGUAUCAACUGCAGUGUUGGAACCGUACAACUCAGUGCUGACGACGCACUCGUUGUUGGAGAACUCAGAUGUAGCAGUGGUGUUGGACAAUGAAGCAAUCUACAGCAUCUGCAAGAACAAUUUGGAUAUAGGGAGACCGACAUACGAGAACUUGAACAAGAUCAUAGCACAGGUCAUCUCCUCACUCACAACCUCGUUGAGAUUCGACGGAGCUUUGAACGUCGACAUGAACGAGUUCCAGACUAACUUGGUGCCGUACCCGAGAAUCCACUUCAUGCUUUCAUCAUACUCGCCAAUUGUGAGCAAGAGGAAGGCGAGACACGAGCAGAUGUCAGUGGCAGAUAUCACGUACUCAGCAUUCGACCCUAAGUCAAUGAUGGCAGAGUGUGACCCUAGAACGGGAUACUACAUGUCCUGUUGUCUUAUGUACAGAGGUGACGUUGUGCCAAAGGAUGUCAACUACGCCAUUGCAGCAGUCAAGAACAAGAAGGCGGUCAAGUUCGUAGAUUGGUCACCAACCGGAUUCAAGUUCGGAAUCAACUACCAGCCUCCGUGCGUGGUGCCUGGCGACGACAUCUCCAAGCCAUCCAGAGCAGUGUGCAUGAUCAGCAACUCCACGUCGAUCCGCGAAGUCUUCACAAGAAUGGACAAGAAGUUCGACCUGAUGUACGCAAAGAGGGCAUUCGUGCACUGGUACAUGGGAGAGGGCAUGGAGGAGUCCGAGUUCCAAGAAGCGCGCGAAGACGUAGCUGCACUCGAAAAGGACUACGAGGCAGCAGGAAACCAGAGUCCAGGGGUAAAGUGUUGCAAAAAACCCAAGUAA